AUGGCACAGGGGAUCCAUCUUGAUCGAGCAAAUUUCUGCUGCUCAAUCUGUCUGGAUUUGCUGAAGGACCCGGUGACUUUUUCCUGUGGACACAACUAUUGCAUGGUGUGUAUCACGGACCACUUAGAUGCUCAGGAUGAUAGAAUGAUCUACACCUGUCCUCAGUGCCGGCAGAAAUUCAUGCAAAGACCUGCCGUGGUAAAAAACAACAUGUUGGCGUUUGUGGUCGGGGAGCUGAUGAAGAUUGAAACCCCAGCUAUUCCUCCUCCUCCUCCUUCUCCUGAUUUUGAUGAGGAUCAAACUGAACAUGUGGCGUGUGAUUUCUGUCAAGAGAAAGCUAUCAAGUCCUGUCUGCAAUGCAUGGUUUCUUAUUGCGUGGAACACCUCCGCCCACACUUUGAAGUAGCCCCCUUACAGAAACACAAGCUAGUGGAAGCGUCCGCACAGCUCCAGGAGAACAUCUGCCCUCGUCAUCAAGAAGUCAUGAAGCUGUUCUGCCGUACGGAUCAGCAGUGCAUCUGCUAUCUCUGUUCGAAAGAUACUCACAAAGGCCACAAUAAAGUCUCGACUGCAGCAGAAAGGGUGGAGAGGCAGAGAGAGCUUCAGGCGACUCAGCAACACAUCCGUAAGACGAUCCAGGACAAAGAGAGAGACGCAAAGUGGUUUCAACAGGAGGAAGACACCAUUAAUCGAUGCGCUGAAGCUGCUCUGAGAAACAACGAGAACACCUACAACGACCUGAUGCGUAUCAUUGAGAAAAGUGUUGCAGAAGUGAAGGAGAAGGUUACAUCUCGACGGGAAACCGAAGUCAGGUGGUACAUAAAGGUUCGGGAGAAGCUGGAGCGGGACGUCGCCGAGCUGAACAGGAAAGACGAAGAGCUGAAGAAGUUCUCACACACAGAGGAUCACACUGGCUUUCUGAUCAAGUACCCAACGUUGGCAAGUCUCAGUGAAUCCACAGAGCCGCCCCCCGUCAAAGCCCGUCGCGUGGGGUACUUCGAGAAAGUUUCAAUGGCUCUGUCCGAGGCCAAGGUGAACUUACGUGCGAUUGUUGGGGAAGAAUACGCAAAGGUCUCCAUGACAGUCACUGGGGUUAUAACAUCAAAUACUAAAGAAGAGCCCUUCACCAGAGCUGACUUCUUACACUAUGUAUGCCAAGUAACUCUGGAUCCAAACACGGCCAACGCACAUCUGAAGAUAUCCGGGAACGACAAAAUGGUAACUUUAUGUUUAUGA